AUUUUGGUCAGAAGUAUACAUUCAUUCACCAUCAAAUAGAACAAGAUCGGUUCAAGGAUUGCUUGUUGCCUAUAUAAGCUCAUGUCUCGUUCACACUCCCUCUCUCGUGAACCGCAGGAAUCCAUCUUUAGAAUAUAAAAAUGCCGGGACAUUUGACUACACUUGCAGACGACAGCAAAGUUCAGACCUUAACACUACCAUCACCGGAGCAGAAGAUAUUCAACGGCCUUCCAUUUCCGCUUAUACUUACUCCAAAAGAGUCGAAUUUUAAAUCAGCAGACGAUACUGUAUCAUGGCUGAAAAAGAACAAGGAUCAGAUAAAAUGUCUUCUUUUAGAGCAUGGCGCUAUCUUAUUCCGAGGAUUUCCGGUUCAUUCUGCUGAAAAGUUUGACUCCUUCGUGAAGAGCUUUGACUAUGAAGCGUUCCCGUAUGUUGGCGGCGCAGCGCCACGGCGUGUUAUCAUUGGUAACGUUUUUACAGCAAAUGAAGCCCCACCUGACCAGCUCAUUCCAUUCCAUCAUGAAAUGGCCCAGGUACCAACAUUCCCUUCUACGCUUUUCUUUUAUUGUGAUGUUCCUCCGCCAGAGGGCGGUCAGACACCAUUAGUGUUGUCGAAUGAGGUGUAUAAAGCAAUGUUGCAAAAGAACAAAGGGUUCGUUGAAGAGCUAGAAGAAAAGGGCGUUGUUUACAACCGUGUAAUGCCUGAUGAGGACGAUCCUGCUUCCCCUAUUGGUCGUGGUUGGCGUUCGACAUACCAGACAACGGACCGGAAAGAGGUAGAGACAAAAUGCGCUGAACAAGGUACUUCUUUUGAGUGGCUCCCGAAAAACUGUUUACGCACGCGCACAGCAACACUUCCUGCAAUACGCACCGAAAGUCGCACAGGAAAGAAAACAUGGUUUAAUUCAAUUAUCGCAGCAUAUCUGGGUUGGGGUGAUGUUAGAAAUGAUAGGAAGAAAGCGGUCACAUAUCCGGAUGGAAAGUUGAUGCAUGAAGGCGCCAUGGAAACGCUGGAAAAUGUGUUUGAGUCCCUCGCAAUAUAUUUUACAUGGAAAAAAGACGAUAUCGUAAUGAUUGACAACAAACUAGUUCUUCACAGCAGACGAACAUUUACACGACCGCGACAAAUUCUAGCAUGUCUUUGCAAAUGAAACAACAAUAAUAAAACUGUUUCAACAACAAUUGACAAUAUCCGACAAUUCAAGUUCUUUAUUUGGAGGUGGACUAGACUUCACUGAAUGAUUGAUGGUGACUUGUGUCUCCAAGCGUCAUUAACAAGUGUAUAAAUAUAUUAUGAUGAAACACGGUUUUGCUUUUGAAUGUGAACAGAUUUCAUUCUUCCAAAUUCUUAAACACUUCUCUUGUCUUUUAAUGUUAAUGCGAUGGUAAUUUAAUCAGAUUAUAUGGCUGUUGGUCAAAGUGAUGCUCAUGUUCUUCAUAAGAGACGGAAAAUAGCGAAGUGUGCCGAGAAGUCACGAAGUUACAACGAUUAUCUGCACACAUAAAACAAAAGGAUGAUGACGAUUUUCACUAUGUACGGACCAUUUGUUAUCAAAAUAUGUACAGUUUAACUUUUAUACUGUUUAUGAACAUGUGUAUUUCAGUAUUGUUAAUGAACAAAUUUAUUUCAUAAUUGUUUAUUAAUAUGUGUGUUUCAGUAUUAUUUAUGAACAUAGUUAUUUCAUCAUUGUUUUCGAAAAUCCCCCUCAACUCCCCCCCCCCAUUAAAACAAACAGUUUAUGUUGAUCUUCUUCAUAAUUAAAUAUUAAAUGAUGAAAUGAUGCAUUUAACUGACAAAUAAAUACUAUAUUAUGCCAAA